ACAGCGGCUUGUUGUUACUCAAACUUGGUAGGAGGAUUUAUUAAAGUGAAGCAGGUUUAACAUUUUUUAACUCUAAACAGGUACUAAAGAGAUUAAACCACAAUACCUCCCGCAUGACAUCAGUGUAUCUCUCAGGACAGGAAAAAGAGGGACAGGGCACCUGAACAGUUCAAUAAAGAAGCAAGGAUUGGGCUAAAAUGAUAACAGAUAUGAAGAAGCAGCUGUGGUCCCUGGCCCGCAUGGUCCUGCCUGCUCUGGGGUGUGGGUUGACCUGCAUUGGGGCCUACCUAGUGUCCCUGCAGAUCGAGUACAAGUACACUUUGAGGGUCAUGUUUGGCUAUGUCAUGAUUUUGUCGGGCAUCCUGGCUGUGCUCAUCGGAGUCUUCUGGACCAUCUGCCACAGCAUGAAGAGCAAGAUGUACAACAGAGGAGGGCAUGCACAGCACAUGGAUGUCUACACAAUCCAGAGACCAAGUUCCUUCCCUCCAUCCUACGAGGAGUCCCAAGGCAGCCAGGAGUGUCCUGAUCCAGUGCCAGAGUUUGUUGUUGUGGUUGACGGGUUGGAGAUGGUGAUGAGCCUCGCCCCCCCUUUGUACAGCCAGGACAGCUCGGACCCUCCAGACUGCAGGUGGAGCAGGGAGCAGCCUCCUCGCUACAGUCAGGUGGAGCGUGCUCAGCAGGGGGAGAUAGAUGCAGGGAGGCAGAGGGAGGCCGUGGCCGAGCACUGAAGGGAACAAAUGUUUUUCUGGCUGGCUGGGAGAUAUGCAGGAAUGACGAUCGUAGAUAGACAUUAUUUCCUGAUUGGGACGAGAGAGAGAACGUUCUAGAAGAAGGGACAACAAGACAUGUUGAUACCACCUUUAUGCCAUCAGUUUACACCAAACUUCUUAACUCUGAAGUCUGUGCUGACCCUACACAGUGUUGCAGGCCUGUUCCUGCACAGAGCUCUAUGAGGUUAAACUGUGAUUUUGAGUUUUGAGUCUGUGGUUUCCUAGUAAGUAAGGAUGAGCAGCACAUUUAAGUUUCUCCCUUGUGGUGCGACAAAUAACCAAGGACAGAAUUUAUCCAGUUGGAUCCAUGGAUGUUUCCAUUGACAAACAGCACUGACUUUUACCUGCACUGUAGCUUAAAUGUGUAUACUUAUAAAUUAUUACACGAAUAAAACAACUGUUUGUACAGGACUUAACAAAGCUUCCCCACUCCUAGGAUGGAUAGGAGGAUUGUGUAAUGGAAAAAAAAUAUCAGGUGGAUAAAGCUGUAUUGUAGUGUUAUACUAGCGCUGCUUAUUUAAAAACAUUUGUUUCUCAAUAUAUUGCCAACUUAUGCUAGACUUGUUUGUAUAAUAUAUAUAAAUGAUGACCAUUUAUUCUCCCCUUCCUCAAGACAAUUUUGUAUUAAAAAUGAUUUAAAUGUCGUCAUCAGACUGCCUGAUUUAAUUUCAAUGUAAAUCAAAGUCAAGUCCACAGUGCAUUUUAUAUUUUAAACAGCUGAGUUUGAGCAAGGUUUAUAGGCUGAUUCUACUAGAUUUAAACACAAUUUCCUUUACCAGGCAAGUCCUGUUGAGAUGGUAAACCUCUUGGACAUUGCAGGAUAAAAUGUUCCAGAUAAAGAUUAUACAACAUAGGACAAAGUUAUCAUCAUUAUAAGUAUUCCUGGCUGGAACAGAAAACACGAAGAGUUCCCUUCCAAUCAUUACAUGUCAGCGGCAGACAACCGGUAUUUCUCUUCAUCUGAGUUAAUGAUUAAAAGUUUGCAAAUCUAUAACUGGAGUGUUCCCAAAGACGUGAGAGACAAGCAGGACUUUUCAGUCUGUGCAGAAUGUGUGUGUGUGUUGAUUGUGCUUGAGAUUUUCAAAGAAGCUGUUUUAAUACAUUACAAGCACCACCUGCACUUUAGUUGAAAGGUUCAGCCCAGUAAAGAUAACAAUGCUCCGCACCUUCACAGCUUGUUCAUGUUUAUGCAUACUGUAAAGGAGAGGGGUGGUUGUUGGCAUCAUUUAAAUUACCAGGCAAUUCAAAAGGACUGUAUCCAUGUAAUCAUGCCCCUGCCUAUUAGACACUAGUUUCUAACACAUUUCAGCUACAGCGUAAUGUCUUCAUAGUGACACAUUCAAAGGUGAUAAACUGACAUCGAUCCUCAGGAAUAAUCCUGACAUUAUAAACAUGUUGGAUGGGGCAAUAAGCUGUAAUGGCUGACUGAGUGAACGUUUCCUUGCGGAUAUCCACUGGCAUAUCCUCGACCCGUAAUCAGCGUGUUUAUGAGUUCCUGGUCUCUGAGUUUCAUUCAGGCCAUAUAAAGAUUAGCCUCUUUAUUUCUUAUCUCAACACAACACGUUCACACUCGGCUCAAAAGCAGGUGCUAUGGCCGACGAACAAAAGCUUCCUUUUCCUCAAUGAUGUUCAAUUACCGCAUGAUAUAUCAGCACAACAUGGUGCGUAUAAAGAAUAUGUUUAGUUAAAAUCCAAAAAUGCCUAAGGGCAUCUAUCUCCCACUGAUUUAUUUGUAUUGUCCCAAUUAAACCUGUCCGAAACAAUUAAACAAAGAUGCGUGCUACACACAAAAAAGGUUUAUUUGGAUAAAAAAAGAAAGGCAUUUAUAUAUUCAAAUAUGGUUAUACAGCAUUCCCAAAAGGCAUAAACUGAUCCUAAAAAAAAUGCCAGAUAAGCCAAGAAUUGUCCAAUAUAGAUUUUCUUUUUCAUUACCUGUGGGCUCACUUGCUUAUUGGUUAUCUUACAUUUUAAAUAGUCUUACAUCCUCCUGCUUCUUUAUAGAACAAGAAAUUGCAUUCACGUUAUUUUAUAUCAAACAUACAAUAAUUGCAAUUCAAUUCACUGAUAUAUUAGGUGUUAUGCUUAACAUGUUUUAUUUUACACUUAGAUAAGUGACAAUUUCUGCAUGAAAUGGUUGAAGAAAAUUACAUAUUAUGAGAGUACAGGUAUACAAGCUAUAUGACAAGUGAACACAGCACUUUUAUACAAAAACAGCAUGGUGAAUUAAAAAAAGUAUCUAAGGCUGCCUCAGCCAAGAAGCCUUGACAACUGCAAGCUACAAACAUUAAUUAAAGAACCUCCCUGGUUUAGACACUGAAUAUUCUACGUUUUCUAUAGCUGACAGAUGUUAGUGGUCUAUAAACAAUUGAGAAAAUAUUGUGCUUUUUAUUUUUAGAAAUAACACCCUCAGUUUCAUUUAAAGAAAAAAAAAUGUACUAUGAAGCUACUCAAAAAGGAAUUUUAAAAAUGGCAGAGGGUGCAGGAAAAUGUGCUAUGUCUGUGUGAGCAGUUAGUUGUGUGUGCAUGUGAUUGUGUGUUUUCCUGGUUACUCAUGUAAUGACGUUAGGGCCACGGCGCCCUGUCCUCUCAUGGACAUUGGAGAUCUUCAGAGCGAUGGCAAUGAGAGGACCCAGCACUACCUGCAGAGAAGAACAUAUACCAUACAUUUAAAACAAUGAUCAUUAGAAUGCUGAUGUUUAAAUAUAAAAUAAAGGAGAUGAGAAAACA